AUGUUGGAGGCGCAAUUCGUCAGAUAUGGCAUUCUAGAUCAGCCAUCGCGUUUUCAUCAUCUGCUGAUGCAUCUCUCAGAGGACCUUAUCACCUUGGACAUGGAGAAAAUCAUCAAUUCGGCUCGCCCAGAGUCCAUGUACUCUGAGGUCAAGGAGGCGCUCCUCAAGUCCCAUUCGGAGUCGGCCGAACAGAAGGUGCGCAGGCUCAUCUCUGAGCUGCACCUCGAUAAUGAACCUCCUUCGCAGCUCCUCCGACGCAUGCAGCGGGUCGCCAACAGUGAAGUCGGUCCGUCCUUCGUCAGGCAAAUAUGGCUAGACAGGCUGCCUCGCGACCUCAGGGUCGCGCUUGCUUUUUCAGAGCACCUGCCGGUUGACAACCUUGCUGAGCUGGCGGACAGAAUCUGGCAUCUCCAGUCCAACAACAGCAGCUCGCAGCUUCUCUCUCUUUCUGCAAGCAACAAGCCUGCAGACGAUGACACAGCGGAGCUCAGGACCUGCAUCUCCGACCUCUCGCUUGAGGUGCGGCAAUUAAAACAGCAGCUAAGCCAGCUGCGCAGUCAGCUCCAGCAGCAGAGGUCUCGUUCGUCUUCACGGAAGUGCGCUAUAAUUCCAGAUGCGAACGCAGACAAAAACAAUAACGAAACAGCCAACAGCAAGCAAGAGGGAGCGUCUCUCGCUCAAAAUCACAAGCUCUGCUUUUACCAUCGCAAGUUUGGCGCCAAGGCUCGCCGGUGCCAAGACCCUUGCGAGUGGGCAAAAAACUAG